AGUAUAUAGAAACCUAUUCACAAAAAUGGCUUCUUGGUUAUAUGAAUGUCUUUUUGAAGCCGAACUUGCCCAGUAUUAUCCUCAUUUUACUGCCCUUGGCCUUCAGAAAAUAGAUGAAUUAGCUAAGGUUACAAUGAAGGACUACUCCAAAUUAGGAGUCCAUGACAUGAAUGACCGCAAACGUCUCUUCCAACUUAUUAAAAUCAUUAAGAUUAUGCAAGAAGAAGAUAAAGCAGUUAGCAGCCCAGAGCAUCCUCUUCAGACAACCAGCAUGUACAUCAAGCCUCGGGACUUCAGAUCUGGCCCUCGUAGACAACUGCAUUUUGAUUCUCCCACUAACAACAAAGACAGAACUGCCAGCGAUGAUGGGUUUGAAAUAUGCAGUUUAUCAGAUUUAUCUACAAAUGAAGAGAAGUCACUAAAGAUGCUAGAACACAUGCUACGAGAUGAUUCCCAAUAUAAUACAAAAUCACAAAUUCUGAGCACUGCAGCUGCUAAUUCCUAUGUACAAACAGAAACUAGCACUUCACUCUUAUCAUCAAAACACUUUUCUGCAAUACUGGGGAACUGUAAUAUUCCUAUUAUUCAAAGAGUCUCUCAUCUUUCAGGGUAUAACUAUGGAAUCCCUCAUUCUUGUAUCAGACAGAACACCUCGGAGAAAGAGAAUCCUUGGACUGAGAUGGAGAAAAUCAGAGUUUGUGUUCGAAAACGCCCUCUGGGCACAAGGGAGGUACGUCGUGGAGAAAUUAAUAUUAUUACUGUAGAAGAUGAAGAAACUCUACUUGUGCAUGAGAAAAAAGAAGCAGUUGACCUCACACAAUAUAUUCUGCAGCAUGUUUUUUAUUUUGAUGAAGUCUUUGGUGAAGCGUGCACCAAUUGGGAUGUAUACAUGAAGACUACUCACCCACUUAUUCAACAUAUUUUUAAUGGAGGCAACGCCACUUGCUUUGCAUAUGGACAGACAGGUGCUGGAAAGACCUAUACCAUGAUAGGAACUCAUCAGAACCCAGGACUGUAUGCUCUGGCUGCCAAAGAUAUCUUUAGGCACCUAGAAGUCUCCCAGCCAAGAAGGCACCUAUUUGUGUGGAUCAGCUUCUAUGAAAUCUACUGUGGACAGCUUUAUGACCUCCUUAAUAGAAGAUACGAUAAAAGGCUCUUCGCAAGAGAAGAUAGCAAGCAUGUGGUACAGAUAGUAGGACUGCGAGAACUUCAGGUUGAUAGUGUGGAGCUCCUCUUAGAGGUGAUCUUAAAGGGCAGCAAGGAGCGAAGCACUGGGGCCACUGGAGUUAAUUCAGAUUCCUCCCGCUCCCAUGCCAUCAUCCAAAUUCAGAUCAAAGAUUCAGACAAGAGAACAUUUGGCAGGAUCUCUUUUAUUGACUUGGCUGGCAGUGAAAGAGCAGCAGAUGCCAGGGACUCGGACAGACAGACAAAGAUGGAAGGUGCAGAAAUAAACCAGAGUCUUCUGGCUCUGAAGGAAUGUAUCCGAGCACUGGAUCAGGAACACAGCCAUACUCCCUUCAGGCAAAGCAAAUUAACUCAGGUCCUGAAGGACUCUUUCAUUGGCAAUGCCAAAACAUGCAUGAUUGCCAAUGUCUCACCAAGCCAUGUAGCCACUGAACACACUCUGAAUACCUUGCGCUAUGCUGACCGGGUCAAAGAACUAAAGAAAGGCAUGAGGAGUUGCAUUUCAGCUACCAAUCGGAAUAGGAUGUCUGGAAUCUCUUCUCCAAAACGAAUUCAGAGCUCCCCUGUAGCCCUGGUAGGGGACAAGUGUUCUCCCAAAAAAGUCAAGCUGGGGCUUCAGCAGUCACUCACAGUGGCACCUGGCUCCACAAGAGGGAAGGCUCAUCCUCUGGCCAGCCACCCACCCAACAUCCUUUUGGCUCCUGUACCUAAAGACCCUGGUAAAAGGGGUGGCUUCAUAGGGAGUCCUCCCCACUCUUGGGUCAUUCAGACUAGCCCUGUCAAAGGAACUGUGCGGUCGGGAAAUUUGGCAAAAAAAAGAGCAGAAGAGUCAGCACCAUUGUGCUCUGAGAAGCAUCAAGUUGGCAACAAAACUGCCCUUGGAUGGGGCAGCAGGGCCCCAGGCCCAGAAGGCCUAGUGCAUGGUAAGCUGCCCACUCAGGGCAAGAAAGUUCAGACUGUGCAGCCAGUACAGAAACAGCUUGUGUCACGAGGUGAACUCCCCUUUAGCAAUGCCCACCACUUAGAAUACAGUCAGGAUAGCAAGAGGGGCAGGCCCACCAGGUCCACUUCUGAAGCUUGGACAGACAUCCCUCCACGUCAGGAGGAGAGAGAGGAACAUUUGCGCUUUUAUCAUCAGCAGUUCCAGCAGCCACCUCUCCUCCAACAAAAGUUAAAAUAUCAACCACUGGAAAGGUUUUUAUGCCAGUAUAGGCCCCCAGAGGGUCAGCUCCAAAAUGAGACCCCCCUUCCAUUCCGAUCUUAUACCGAAAACCAUGAUGGAACCCAAGCCGAAGACCUUGAUGACAGUGAUUUCAGUGAAGAUUCCUUUUCACAUGUCUCUGGUCAGAGGACUACAAAGCAGAGGAACACUCUGGAGAACAGCGAAGGCUCCUUCUUUCUUCAUAAGAGGGAGGAGCAAGAUCCUGAGGAGCAGUGCAAAGAAAGGCGGCAAAGUCUAUUUUUUAGCCCUAGGACAGAUAGCAGUGAGAAAGGUCUAACUGGAAGCUGGGCAUAUGCCAGGGACCCCAUACAUCACAGAAAAGCACCUAGUCACAGCUGCAGCCCAAGUAAGGUGCCCUUGGACUGGAGCAGAGAGGGGGAGUCCUCCUCCUCAGUGCCCUCUUGCAGAGACAACCUGGCAGAGAAACCAUACUGUUCGCAGGUAGACUUUGUAUGUAGCCAGAAAAGAGGUGGAGGCCCAGCGCCUGAUCUCGGACAGCAUGCCAUUAGAAGUGAGGUUCUUGGGCAGGCUGAGGGCAGCUUACCAUUGUUUGAGGAAAAUGGUUUCACUUCCACACUAUCCCACAUUGCAGUGCCUGGAUCACCAGACCAAAGAGAAACAGUCACCACACCUCUGACGGAAGUCAGUGAAGACAGCUCAACACAGGUGACCAACACAGAGAAAAUCAGUAAUCUUUUCCAAGAAGACUCCACAGAGCCAUCGGAUGCAUGCUCUGAACAUGCCUCUGGACUGAUGGCUCCCCUCACCAUGUCCCUCUUGGAGAAUCCCAACAAUGAUGGCUCUCCUCCAUUGGAGCAACUAGCCCAAGAAGGGGCUGUGCACAAUCUAGUGGCAGAGAACACAGAGGGGCCAGCUGCGGGCCACACAGUGUCAUCUGGUGACCAAGAGGCAACCUUGCCAUUAUCUUCGGUAACUGGCCACCUGUGGUUGUCCUCAUCUCCCCCUGACAAUACGCCCAGUAGUAAUCUUCCAGCUUUGUCCCCAUCACCUAUCCGUCAGCACCCAUUUGACAAGCUGUCCAGCAGGGAGGCCAGCCUAGGUGAGGCCUGUCACAGUGAAGAAACUGCACUCUUCUCCCAGGAACACAUCAGUAGGGAGUGGUAUGAAGCCAAUGCCAAGGAUACAGAGCUAGGCAGCUCCUGGGCUUUCCCGGGAAAGCCCUUCCCCACCUCAGGGGUACUCCAUUCUAGACCUAUACUCACCCCACAAACAGGAAGUAGUGAUGUGGCUGACCAUCUCUGGGCCAAGGAGAGAAGCGAUCUCACAAGGAUCGGCUGGCAGGAGUUCAGUUUGUCUGCAGACCCUGUCAAGUUGCCCUGCUACAGUGAGAACAUCAUGUGGCUCAAACACAGGCCGAUGACAGGGUGCUUGGCAAGGCCAGGCACCACAGGCACAUUCCAUCAGCCCACCCUGGAGCAAGCACAGCAGGUGGUCAUUCAAGCACACCAGCAACAGCUAGAUGAAAUGGCAAAGUUGGGCUUCAAAGAGGAGAUCCUGAUGAGCCAGCUGGCUUCUAAUGAUUUUGAAGAUUUUGUAACCCAGUUGGAUGAAAUCAUGGCUCUGAAAUCCAAGUGCAUCCAGAGCUUGAGAAGCCAGCUGCAGCUGUACCUCACCUGUCACAGGCCAGCUGCAGCCCCUGAAAGGACAGUGGUAUCUUAAGAGUGUGAUUCUGUAUGGGAUGAUGGGGCUGGAGGCCUCUGGUAGGUUCCCACAGCACUUAGCAGAACCUGCUCCUUGGUCCGGCCUGUGCUAGCCUCACACAAGCCACACACAGGGUCUUUGAUGAGCCCCAGUUCUUCCCUCAGGUUCAGGCCUCUGUUUCUCCUCGGUUCCAAGCACAAGAGCAGCUGUAAGAAAGGCAGACCAGGCUGGAAGGCUUAAUGACCCUCUCUUUUCUCCAGGGCUAGAAGAGAAUUUGCUUCAUUGACCCCUUAUCUGUGGGAACACAUUUGGGUCUGAUAAUCUUAUAAUGUUUCUAAAUUUGGGAGUCAGAGAAUAGGAUGGUCAGUGGUAACUUGGAGAUCAGAAGUCACAAACUAGAGAGAAUAUGCUGAGUCCAGAGGCUUUGUCAGCUGAAUUCUGUGCCUAUCUUCAAAGACUAAAACAUUGACAAAAACUAAAACAUCGGUGCUAGCAGGGAUAGGGUAGGGUGAACUUUGCGCCAUUAGCCCUUGGACAUUGAUUUGGGGAUUUAGUUUUUGAAAAUAUAUAAUGAAUAAACCUUGACUUGCAUCUUUAACAAGUAACAGAUGUGGAACAGGCUUUAUGUUUAGUUCCCCUUCCUUCCUGCAAUCUAGUUUGAAGACGGAAGAGGGUGCCCACGUCACUGAGUUUUUUCCUCCAUCUCUGACUUUUGCUAUGGUAAAGGUCUCUUAUGCUUAAUAGCCUCCAUGCUUCAGUGGCAAUUCCUGGCUCCUGUCCUCACUCCCCGUAUGUCUCAUUGAAAGAGUUGAAGAGGCAGAAGAUCUCAAGCAAGUUCAUCUUUUAUGCUUAUCAUCAUCCAGAUCACGCUGCUAGCCACUCUAUCUCCUAAAGGCAUGAGUUUAGUGGUGUGUGCUCCAGUUGAUAAUCUGAGGCCUCUGAAACAAUUUCCACACACCUUCACCUGAGUUCUGCUUGUUGUGCAUCUUUUUAGUAGACAGAAGCUCAAGAUGAGGAAUACAGUGUCCUCCAAGUGCCCAUCACA